UGUCAGCUGUGCUGUUGUCAGUUUUUCGACGGUCGUGUGAAAAUUAAUGCAAAAAAAUCCCCAAUAGAUAAACAAUAAAUAGACGUGCGGAAAAAGGAUAGCCGGGACAAGUUGAAACUCGCGUCGUUUUGGUUCUUUUAGUUUUCCUUAAACCACUUUGCUUUGCGCACAGUCAGAGAUUUUCCGUUUUCCUUUCGGCCCCAAGCAAUUAUCGGCGUAUCAAGCAGCAGAUUAUGGAUAUUCUGAAGAAAAUGUUCAAGUCGGAGGCGGAGAAGGAGCCGAACUCUUCGGUUUCCGCUUCCAACAAGGACGAGUUCCGCAAGCCGCAGUGGUUCGAGGAGGCCGAGACCGAUGACGAACUCUUCGACGACGAUCGCAAGUUCGCCUUCCAGGUCUUCACCAGUCCGCUGGAGAUGCAGAAGCACUUCGAGAGCCAGUUGCAACGACUCCUGGAAUCUCUGAACGACAAGGAUGAUGGAUUUGAGCGCGACUUGAAGGAGGACUUCUUGAAGCCGGGCUUUGAGAGCAAGAUUCUGAAGAAGUUUGAGCAGCAGAAGGAUUUCUCUUUGGAUACCGAUUUGGAUGGCGAGAUCUAUGCCGACCAGCUGCACUCGCUCAUCCAGCGUCUGAAUCCGGAGGAGAAUGUGGUGUCGGGCGACCAGGUGAUUGGCAACAUCUUGCCAUCGAAUCAGCAUGGCUAUCGCAAUGGCGUCCAGCGCGCCAAGCUUACGGAUGAGGAGAUUAUCAUGGGCCGGAUUCAUGGUACCAUCUCCGCCGACGGGGAGAGCCAGUCGUACGCUCGUCCACCGCGUCCGCCUAUGAACAACAAGCCGGACAUCAUGACGCCCAUGACUCCGAUGUUGCCGCGUAGUGGUAUGUCUCCAUUCGGAGGCGUAUUCGACGGCAACUAUCAGGGUCCCAAGCUAUUCAGCCAGAGUGUGAUGACCAAGACUGUGCGCAAGCCGGAUGGCAGCUAUGAGACCACCAAGGUUACUCAGGAUUCGUCUGGUCACAAGACCACCACCGUAACCCGGAUGAUAGACGGGCGUAAAGAGACCAUUGUCACCCACGAUGGCGGAGCUCCAGCAGCUGGCAUGGGUGGAAAGCAGCUGCAGCAGCAGCAGCAGAAGGAGGAGUUGUCCGUAGCCCGUGGCGAACGCAACAUAUACGUGACAAAAGAAGGCUACGCCAUGCCACGGAACCUCUGGUGACCAGUGGUGAACAACUAUUGCCCCAAUCAGGACAAGCGAUCUCUGCUGCAGCAACAGAAACAACAGCAACAGUACGAAGAUAGGCUAAAGCGAUUCGUCGGCAACAUAGUCCCGCAUCCACACAACAUCCAAAUUAGAACCUACUACAUUUUAGUUUACAUUCUCCUUAGUGUUUGGUGUUUUAGAUGAAACGCACUUGAGACAACAGAUGACGACGACGAUUAUUGACCAUGAUUUAAUUGACCAGCGAUCAGCGAUCCGCUGGGCAUAUAUAUUAUGUGAGACUGGCGCACCACCCGGCGGCGCCGCACUUUCAGUUCCCAGAUCCAGGGCUCUCUGCAGGCCAAGCUCGAACUCCCGACGGUUGGAGAUGGAAUUGGUAUCGGAGAUGGCUCGUGUUGAGCGGUGCGAACGUAUGAUUCAUUUCGGUUUUGUGAGCAGCAGGAGCAGGCCACACGGAUGGAAUGGGCGGGCUUUCGAGUCGUCCACUCCAAUUCCCGCAGAGCGCUGGCUGGCAUCCAAAGCAAAAGGCAACCAACAAACAAUCGCCCCAACGGCGGCAGUUAUUGUAUUAUUGUAUUGUUUCUUCGUGGUACUAUCUGUGUCUCAAUGCUGCGAUCGUCAGCAUCUAAAGUGCCCGUAGUGAUUUAACAGCGAAAAAUGAUAAAUUGAAACCACUAUACAAUACAUUACCGCUUACCAGGCAAACAAAUCAAGUUUAUAUACUAUGUACUAUCUACGAUUGCGUUAACUUUCUUAGUUUUACUCAACAUAUUAUACACUUAAAACACAAAACACCCGCGUGGUGAAUUGAUCUGGCUUCUGCCCAAGCAGUCGAGUUCAACUCACAGUAUUUUGAAUUACAAUUCGGUUUUUGUUUAUUAGUUUUACUAAACUUUAAUGCUUAAGUUGAUUUUGAUCAGAUUUAACUUUCAAAGAGGACAC